AUGGAGAUCUCUGCGGUGAUCCACGCUGAUAUUCUUCGACGGGGCCUUGAGAAGGACGGAGUUCUGGUCACUUGUUUGGUGGACGCUUGCUGCCGAUGCGGAAGAAUGGUCGCUGCUCAGCACGUAGUUGAUGCUCUGGUCUCGGAGGACUUGAUAGCCUGGAACGCGCUGCUAACGGGAUACAGUCGUCAUGGAGACCAUGAAAGGGUCUUGGAACUGUUCGAGAGAAUGCGGGGUGAAGGCUUGGAACCGGACUCCAUCACUUUUAUGGCCGUUCUCAGCGCGUGUGGUCACUGCGGCCUGGUCGAGAGAGGCAAGAGGUUCUUCAAGGCAAUGGUUUCAAACUUUAGGAUUCAGGCCGAGAUAGAGCACUACCACUGCAUGGUGGAUAUCUUUGGUCGUGCCAAUCGGCUGGGUGAUGCUUUGGAGACCGUGAGAAGCAUGCCAUUCAGACCGACUGCUGUGACAUGGACGAUUGUUCUCGGGGCUUGUCGCAAGUGGAAGGAUGUGGUAGUCGGACGGCUCGCGUUUGAAUCACUGCUAGCUAUGAAUGAAGCGGACACGGCAGCGUAUAUGUUGAUGGGAAACAUUUAUGCGAGCAGAAAUAUGUGGACCGAGAAAGCGGAGAUCGUCCAACGCAAGUUUCUAAAAGUUUGA